CUUUGACUAUAUCGCUAGCUUGACGCUAGUAGCGAGCGCUAAGCUAGCCGUCCCCGCUGAAGCAAACAUUCAGCGUUUCCGCAUUUAAAGUAAAUAAAGUGUCGGAAAUCGACCUGUUGGGGGAGUUUGUCUCGUUUCAGGAACCAUUCGGACACUUUACACGCCUGGCUGUAGCGGUACAGGUGCGGACAGGUAGCUAGCUAGCUAGCGUCAGCUCGUCCCCGGCAGCUAGGUGGCUAACACCUGAGCUAACCCGGCGGAAUGGACCUGUUCGACGACCUGCCGGAACCAAAGCAGAACUCCGGUCCAGUUGCAGCGGCUCGACCACAGUCCACCAAAGAAAUAGAAGAAGAAGAAAAAGAAGAAGAGGAGAAAAGAUUAAAACGGAAGCGAGAGGAUGGCGAGCGUCGCGCUGAUGAAAAAGAGGAGGAGCGGGGGGAGAUCAAGAAAGUUUGCAAAGAAGGCCUCCCGGUGCUGAGGGGCUACGUGGCGGCGAGGCGUGGCGAGCGGGAGGAGAUGCAGGACGCCCACGUGCUGCUGCCGGACAUGAGCGGCUGUCUGUCCGCCCUGCCGGGACAAGUGUCUCGUGUUUCGUACUUCGCCGUGUUCGACGGUCACGGAGGAGCGCGAGCGUCUCGAUUCGCUGCAGAGCAUCUUCACCAAAAUCUGGCGAAGAAGUUCCCCAGCGGGGAAACGGAGAACGUGGACAAGCUGAUCAAGAAAUGUCUCCUCGACACUUUCCGUCAGACAGAUGAAGACUUUCUGAAGACGGCGUCCAGCCAGAAACCAGCGUGGAAGGACGGCUCCACGGCCACCUGUGUGCUGGUGGUGGACGACACGGUGUACGUGGCCAAUCUGGGAGACAGCAGGGCGGUGUUGUGUCGGAUGGAGGCGACAGGAGGAGCAGACGGACGGAGGAGGUCGGUGACUCUGGCUCUCAGUAAAGAACACAACCCGACCAUCUACGAGGAGAGGAUGAGGAUCCAGAGAGCAGGCGGCACCGUCAGGGACGGCAGGGUGCUCGGCGUCCUCGAGGUGUCUCGCUCUAUCGGAGACGGUCAGUACAAACGCUGUGGGGUCAUUUCGUCCCCCGACGUGAGGAGGUGUCAGCUCACAGCCAAUGACAGGUUUAUCAUCCUGGCCUGUGACGGUUUGUUCAAAGUGUUUUCUGCAGAUGAAGCUGUGAAGUUCGUCCUCGGCGUCCUGCAGGAGGGGAGCGUGGAGCCGAGGCCGGGGCUGACGGAGGAGGAGCUGAGGUUUGAAGCCGCUUGCCAGCAGCUGGCCAGCGAGGCGGUGAGGCGGGGCUGUGCCGACAACGUCACCGUGAUCUUGCUUUCUAUUGGCCUCUGAACACGCACGUCUGAUUGAUCUGUCUCCUCGUUGUCUUGUCUGUUUGUCAAUAAAAACCUUUUUCUUUA